AUGCUGGGUCGAAGCCUUCUCCUGGCUGCUGCCGCGGCCUUGCCCGUGCGCGUCAUCGCCUCCUCGGUAGCUCGAAUUGGAGACAUAGCCUACUAUGUCCCAGACAAAGUCGAGGUCGACAAACCUUUCGAUGUCAAAGAGCCGCUCCCUAUCACGGUGGUGACUUCGACUAAGAAAUCAAUCUCGGCUGCAUGGCUCAAUGAGACCAUCGCUGACUUUAAAGCAAGCGACGAUGUCUAUUCAGUGGACUUCUUAUCAGCCUUUUACUUUCAAGGUCCUGAGGGAGUUACUCUUGCAAGUGAUGCUCGGGAACUCGUUCGCAAUCUGAAACCACAUUUUGUUGAAUUUUCUCAUUCCUCUUUUCAUGAUGCACUUCCUGACGGUCCGUACUUUGCUACACGCUACGGACUUCACCGUGCCUGGCGCCUCUAUGACGACUUCAGCAACUCUUUUGUCCUUGCUUCAGUUCCAUCGGACGAGAGUUCGGACAUUUAUGAGCCUCUUGCAGCCAACAGUGGAAACCAGUUGGGAGUGAUCUCAGUGGCUGUCCCAUCCAGACUUUUCUACACGCCUACCGCCGAAAAGCCUCUCGCUGGGUACCUCGAGCCUACGCAAAGACAUACCCCCCCAGCCAACCAGACCUCUGGAGUCAUCCAGAAUCUGAUUGACCAAGGUGCCAUUAUUGUCGGCAAGACAAAGCUAUCCUUGUUCGCGGGCGCUCUGUUCACAGCCUCUGAAUGGCCUGAUUAUGAACUCCCAGUCAAUGUCCGAGCAGAUACGUAUCAAAUUCCUGGUGCGUCUUCAGCAGGAUCUGGCUCCUCGAUGGCUGCAUAUGACUGGUUGGAUAACACAGUUGGUGAAGAUACUGGUGGUUCUAUGCGUUUCCCGUCCGCACUGAAUGGUGUCUUCGGAAUCCGCUCGUCAAUCAACAGCACAAACAACACCGCCACAAAAUUCGGACCGUUCGAUGUCGCGGGACACUUUGCCCGUGAUGUCGACUCCUUCAACACUUUCGGCUCAGCCAUGUAUCGCGGAUCCGGAUUGAAGAAUUACACCAAGUUCCCCACCAAGAUUCUCUACCCACGCGAGUACUGGAUCAAUAUCGCGAAGGACUAUACCGCUCCCGGCGAAAAAUAUGUCCAGAAAUUGGAAGCAUUCCUGGGCGUCAACCGAACUAUUGUCGACACCAACAAACUGUGGCUCAACACUUCUGGCCACGGAAACGUCAGCAUGGCAGACUACUUCAAAGAUACUUACACAUAUGUUCAGAACUCUUAUACAUUUUCCAAUGAUUUCAAGGCAGACUACUAUGAGAAGUUUGGAAGUUACCCCUACAUGUCUGUCGACACAGUAGGGUCAAACUCUACCGAGCCUGAGAGCAAAGCCAAAGUCAAGCUUGGAAAGGACCGAAGAGCAGAGUUCCAAUCUUGGUACAGAAAAUACUUCCUUGGAUCCGAUGAUGAGACGUGCUCACAGACGAUUGUUGUCUUCCCAUUCAACGGAAAUGGUGGCGUUCCUUGGUACCGAGACGCUACCACGAAGGACUCAGCGGGCGGCUUUGCCGCUGCACCAGAGGGAUACCUCAGCUGGAACAUGCUUUCAGUUCUCAACGGAAGUCCUGAAUUGGCAGUUCCCGUUGGUGAGGUUGGAUAUACGAGCAAGAUCAGCUUGGUUGAAGAGAGGAUUCCUGUUGCUCUUGAGAUCCAAGCGGCUUAUGGAUGCGACUUGAUGUUGUUAAACCUUGUCCGUGAAUUGGCAUACAACACAGACGCUACCAAGAGUGUCAAGACGGGACGCUUCCUGUUCUAG